GCCACGAUGGAGCGCAGCGGCAGCACGGGGGGCGGGAGCAGCGGCGGCGAGGGCGGCCGCCCUCCCCGGGAGGGCCCGGCGGGGAACGGCCGCGACCCGAGCGUCGGUCGCGCCGCCGCAGCGCCCGGGGACGGCCAGGCGGCUGAGUCCUUGCUGGCCCCUAUGGACCUGGGGGAGGAGCCGCUGGAGAAGGCGGCGAGCGCCCGCACGGCCAAAGACCCCAACACCUAUAAGGUGCUCUCGCUGGUAUUGUCAGUCUGUGUGUUAACAACAAUCCUUGGUUGUAUAUUUGGGUUGAAACCAAGCUGUGCCAAAGAAGUUAAAAGUUGCAAAGGUCGUUGCUUUGAGAGAACAUUUGGGAAUUGCCGCUGUGAUGUUGCUUGCGUUGACCUUGGAAACUGCUGUCUGGAUUACCAGGAGACAUGUAUAGAGCCAGAACAUAUAUGGACUUGCAGCAAAUUCAGAUGUGGUGAAAAAAGGUUGUCCAGAAGCCUUUGCUCCUGUUCCGAUGACUGCAGGGACAAGGGCGACUGCUGUAUCAACUAUAGCGCCGUGUGCCGAGGAGAGAAAAGUUGGGUAGAAGAAACAUGUGAGAACAUUAAUGAGCCAGAGUGUCCAGCAGGGUUUGAAAUGCCUCCGACCCUCUUAUUUUCCUUGGAUGGCUUCAGGGCAGAAUAUUUACACACCUGGGGUGGCCUUCUUCCUGUUAUUAGCAAACUAAAAAACUGUGGAACAUACGCCAAAAACAUGAGACCAGUAUAUCCAACAAAAACUUUUCCCAAUCACUACAGCAUUGUCACGGGACUUUAUCCAGAAUCCCAUGGCAUAAUUGACAAUAAAAUAUAUGAUCCCAAAAUUAACGCUUUCUUUGCACUUAAAAGUAAGGAGAAAUUUAAUCCUGCCUGGUACAAAGGAGAACCAAUUUGGCUCACCACGAAAUAUCAAGGCCUGAGAAGUGGCACCUUUUUUUGGCCAGGAUCAGAUGUGAAAAUUAAUGGAAUUCUCCCAGACAUCUAUAAAAUGUAUAAUGGCUCAGUACCUUUUGAAGAAAGGAUUUUAACUAUUCUUAAGUGGUUGCAGCUUCCUAAAGAUGAAAGACCACACUUUUACACUCUGUAUUUAGAAGAACCAGAUUCUUCAGGUCAUUCAUAUGGACCGGUCAGCAGUGAAGUCAUCAGAGUCUUGCAGAGGGUUGACAACAUGGUUGGCAUGCUGAUGGAUGGUCUGAAAGAGCUGAACUUACAUAGAUGCCUGAACCUUAUCCUUGUUUCAGAUCACGGCAUGGAACAAGGCAGUUGCAAGAAAUAUGUGUAUCUGAAUAAAUAUUUGGGAGAUGUUAAAGAUAUUAAAAUUGUAUAUGGACCUGCAGCUCGAUUGAGACCCUCUGAUGUCCCAGAUAAGUACUUUACAUUUGAUUAUGAAGACCUUGCCAGAAAUCUUUCUUGCCGGGAACCAAACCAGCACUUCAAACCUUACCUGAAACAUUUCUUACCGAAGCGUUUGCACUUUGCCAAAAAUGACAGGAUUGAGCCCUUGACAUUCUAUUUGGACCCUAAGUGGCAACUUGCAUUGGCUCCUUCAGAAAAGGAACAUUGUGGAAAUGGAUUCCAUGGUUCUGACAAUUUAUUUUCAAAUAUGCAAGCCCUCUUUAUCGGCUAUGGACCUGGAUUUAAGCACCGCUUUGAAGUUGAUUCCUUUGAAAAUAUCGAAGUCUAUAAUUUAAUGUGUGAUUUACUGAAUUUGACACCUGCUCCUAAUAAUGGAACUCAUGGGAGUCUUAACCACCUUCUAAAGAAUCCCGUUUACACCCCAGAGAAUCCCAGAGAAGUCCACCCUGUGGGGCAGUGCCCCUUUGCAAGAAGCCCCAGACGUAACCUUGAGUGCUCAUGUCAUCCUUCAGUCUUACCAGUUGUGGAUUUUGAGAUACAGUUGAAUUUGACUGUGGCAGAAGAGAAGGUUAUUAAGCGCAGCACUUUACCUUACGGAAGACCCAGAGUCCUGCAGAGAAACACUUCGGUCUGUCUCCUUUACCAGCACCAGUUCGUGAGUGCUUACAGCAAUGACAUCCUGAUGCCCCUUUGGACCUCUUACACCGUCCGCAGAAAUGACAGUUUCUCUGCAGAAGACUUUUCCAACUGUCUUUACCAGGAUCUUCGAAUUUCUCUUAGUCCUGUCCAUAAGUGUUCCUUUUAUAAAAAUAAUGCUGAACUGAGCUAUGAGUUCCUCUACCCACCACAACUAAAUAAAGGUUCAGAUCAACUAUAUUCUGAAGCAUUGCUUAAUACUAAUAUAGUGCCAAUGUACCAGAGUUUUCAAGUAAUAUGGCGCUACUUCCACGGCACCCUUCUGCAACGGUACGCAGAGGAAAGAAAUGGCGUCAAUGUGGUCAGCGGGCCUGUGUUUGACUCUGAUUACGAUGGAUGUUAUGAUUCCUCAGAGACGCUGAAGCAAAACAGCAGACUCAUCCGUAAUCAAGAAAUUCUGAUCCCAACUCACUUCUUCAUUGUGCUGACAAGUUGUAAAAACACAUUCCAGACUCCCUCCCAGUGUGAUGAGUUAGACACCUUAGCUUUCAUUUUGCCUCACAGGACUGACAAUAGUGAGAGCUGUGUGCAGGGGAAGCAGGAGUCGUCAUGGGUAGAAGAGUUACUGAAGCUACACAGAGCUCGGAUCACGGAUGUUGAACUCAUCACUGGACUCAGCUUCCUUCAAGAACGAAAAGAGCCCGUUGCAGACAUUCUACAGUUGAAAACACGGUUGCCAGUCUUUGACGAAGAAGACUGAUAUUUUUUAUUCCAAAAUCACACCAUAGAUGUUUUUGAAAGAACCUUUAUUUUAUACAGUCCUCUAUUCACGCUGUCGCCUUGUUUGGAAACUGCCGACCAGAGUUAGAGCUGAGAAUCCUCUGUGAUAACAACCAUCUCAGGGAACCUGGCGGCCUCCGCCCGGCAGUAGGAAAAUACUCUUACUGAGUCUCGCACAUGUUUGAAUGUGUAAGAAUUGUUCCAAUUUGGGGAAUAAAGACACACCAUAUCUAAAACUGCUCUUCAACUUCUCUUAAGGGCAAAAAUAGCUGUGAACAUUGUCUGGAUGCCAGAUAUUUGAAUUUUGUUUUCACUAAUAAAUUUCUAUGGAACUGGCAA